AUGUUCAACCUCCUCUCCCUUGUCGUGGCCGUUGUGGCCGUGUCUGGUACGGUCCUUCCCCGGGCCGCUCAGAUUGUGACCAAGGUCGGCGUAACCCAGACGGGUGGCUAUGCGACGUACUACAACCAGUUCGGAGGGUAUGGCGCGUGCGGCCAAAAGAACCCUGACAGCGCGAUCAUCGUCGCUCUCCAGUCUCAACGCUAUGAUGCCUCACUGUGCGGUCACUCGGUCUCGAUCACAAACACCAAGACCAAGAAGACUAUCACGGCUCGCAUCGAGGAUAACUGUCCCGGAUGCGCGAACGACAAUUCUCUCGAUCUAUCCAUCGGUGCUUGGGAGGCCAUCGGGCAAAGCACGAGCGAUGGCUCUGAGGUGCCCAUCACCUGGAAGCUCCUCAACUAA